UGAAAAAGAUGAGAUAUGUCUAAGCAAAUAGGAGGAAUGAAGUUUUGUGAUUCCUUAUUAUGGGAUACAAAUUUCACCAUAUAUUCUAAAUAUCCAGAUUUAACUAAAUGCUUUCAAGAUUCUGUUCUUUCAUUUUUGCCUAGCUUUUAUAUUCUAUUUUCAUUCCCAUUUUAUUUGGUACACCUAUAUAGAUAUGGCAAAACUCAUAGACAUUAUCACAUAACUGCCUUGGCAUUAUUUAAAAUAAUCCUCUCAGUCUUGUUAUGCUUAAUUACGGUCGCAGAUUUGGUCUUAAGAAUUACCGACGAUUCGAAAUCCUUAAUUGUUUCAGCUAUUUUGUUCCCGACAUUCCUCGUUGUAUCUUACGCGAUUAUAUCGUUCUUAUUGUAUUACGAGAGGAUGAAAGGGAUAUGGUCUUCGGGUUACACUUUCAAUUUUUGGGUUUUAUGCUCUUGCUACCUUAUCGUCUACAUUUGGUCGAGAAGUUUAUCCAUAAAGAAACACUCGGCUGUUAUAGCAUUUUCCCAUUAUACCCUUUACAUACUGCAAUUGACCAUAGUUAUUCUCCAAAUCAUUUUGCAUUGUUUCAACGCCAAAAGUCGAUCUGGGUUCGAUAGCAAUAAAUUUCAUUUUUUAAAAACUAAAUUUGGUAGUUCCGGAAAUUUUCGACUUUCUUCUUCAGACCAGAAAACUCUAAAUCCUGAAGAAAACAUUAAGCUUACUUCUAUAUCGAAAGAUGAGACUUUGAAAACAUGCCCCGAAAUAUACGCAUCGUUUUUAUCGAGAAUAUCCUUUUGGUGGUUUAACAAAUUAGCCUUAUACGGAAGUAAAUAUCCUCUGACUAAAUCGGAUUUGUGGCAACUGGCCGAUAAAGAUACAUCACUGAAACUUUACCCAUUAUUCGACAAACAUUGGUAUCCUUAUAUCGACAAGCUUAGAGAGAAAGCUCAUAUAAAAGGCGUUGUGACUCCAACAAAUCUAAUAAAAUCGUUUAAUGUUUUUGGCUUAUGCGCUAAUAAACGUCGCCCUAAGAGUAAAUCCACUCAAAUGCGUAAAAACAUCGAAAAUGGGAUAUACAAAUCUCCCGCUAGCCAAAAAUUAUUGCAAAUUACUAAGACAUCUGAUGACAAUUCCCCCAAAUCUCCCACAAUUUUAGAGAACGAACUACUUAAACUCAAACCUUCAUUGGCAUUGGUUUUGUUUGGUUGCUUUAAACCUAUGAUGUAUCAAAGCAUACUUUACAAGCUUAUCAAUGAUAUGCUUACCUUUGUUAGUCCUCAAAUAUUAAAGUACCUUAUAUCUUUUGUGAACUCCAAAAGUCAAUCCAUUUGGAUAGGUGUAUUUUAUGCUGUCGCAAUGCUAGCCGCUGUUAUUAUCCAAACCAUCAUCUUACAUCAAUAUUUUCAAAUUGUAUUUGUGAUAGGUAUGCGAAUCAAAACCAUUCUCAUUUGUACCGUUUACAAGAAAGCCUUAAAACUCUCUAAUUCCGCCCGCAAAACAUCCACGGUUGGUGAAAUAGUGAAUCUAAUGUCGGUAGACACCCAAAAGGUAUCAGAUGUAUGCGCAUAUGUUAGUUUGUUAUGGAGUAGCCCACUCCAAAUAGCCAUUUGUAUGGCAUUUUUAUGGAAUAUUCUUGGACCUUCCGUUCUCUCUGGUCUAUUGGUUAUGGUUUUAUUGAUACCGCUAAACGGGGUUAUGGCUAACAGGAUUAAACAUCUUCAAACUAGUCAAAUGAAUCUCAAAGACGAACGUAUCAAGGUUAUGAACGAAGUUUUGAAUGGGAUAAAAGUGCUUAAGCUAUAUGCCUGGGAACUAUCUUUCGAAGAUAAAAUUCUUAAAAUACGUAAUAAAGAAGUGGCCAUACUCAAAAAAAUAGCACUUCUAAACGCGGUUACCUCCUUCGUUUGGUCUUGUGCUCCUUUCCUAGUAUCAUGUGUGACUUUUGCCACCUAUGUUUUAAGUAAUCCCAAAAAUAUAUUGGAUGCUGAGAAGGCUUUUGUUUCUUUAGCUUUGUUCAAUCUUUUGCGUUUCCCCUUGUCCAUGCUUCCCAUGAUUAUAACAUAUGUGAUCGAGGCCAGAGUGUCUCUUAAGCGACUGUGCACGUUUUUAUUACAAGACGAAUUAGAACCUGACUGUGUCAUCAGAGAAACCCUGAAUGCUUAUGAUACUAACGUUGAUGUGAUCAUCGUGAAAAACUGCAAUUUCGCUUGGGAUUUCCCCCAAAGUUUCCAAAUCGAAAAUAACUCUAAAUCAACAACUGAAUUACCCAAAAUAGAAGAACACGCGAAAGGAAACGGCACGACUAUUAUUCAUUUAAACGAGUCCGCAAAUAGUCUUAAUGAUAAAUUUACUAAUUAUAACAGUCCAGUGCUCAAGAAUUUGAAUUUUACCGUAAAGAGAGGCCAAUUGGUGGCUAUCGUUGGAGCGGUGGGUUCCGGUAAAAGUUCGCUACUUUCUGCACUUCUUGGGGAGAUGAAAAGAGUCAAUUACAUCAUAUCGACAAAUAUUAAUGAAUUCAAUUUUCAGGGAGAGAAUAAGGAGGACAUAUCUUUCACCAGCACAUCGACACCGAUGAUGAAAAUACGAGGGUCAGUGGCGUACGCCUCUCAACAGCCUUGGAUCCGAAAUGCCAACCUUCGGAAUAACGUCACUUUUGAAGCUCCUUUCCCUUUUAAUUCUUCCACUUACUUAGAAGCCUUACAAGCUUGUGACUUGGUAAGGGAUCGCGAUUACAUACUGCCGAAUGGAGACGACACCGAGAUUGGGGAAAAAGGUGUAAAUCUUUCAGGCGGUCAAAAGCAAAGACUGUCACUGGCCAGGGCAGUUUAUCGAAAGGAUUUGAUUGACGUUUACUUACUCGACGAUCCUUUGAGUUCCGUGGACGUCCACGUGGGACGACACAUUUUUGAAAAUGUACUAGGACCUAAGGGGGCGCUUAAACAUAAAACCCGCCUAUUGGUGACCAAUGCCAUCCAUUUACUUCCCGAGGUAGAUAGAAUCCUGGUCAUGAAGGACGGAACCAUAGCCGAACAGGGCACUUAUACGGAACUCUCGGCUAAAAAUGAAGGCGUUUUCUCCGAAAUUUUAAAGAAUUAUCUCAGUUCACAGGUGGAGGAAGAUGGAACCGACAGUGAGCAGAUUUCUCCCGAAAAUGCCUUGAUCAAUAGUUCAAAUCGCGACAUCAUCAAUCUUGGCAAAGCGAAUCAGAUUAUCAGAAAAUCAAGUCAGACAAAUGACGAUAAAGUCCGUUCAUCAUCUUUUCACACCUCGAAUACUUCAUUAAUUAAUAAAUCGGACCAAUUUUCUCCUCAGCCCAAAACCUUACGAGAUUCAUUAUUAUCUUUGGAGUUGGGAAUCACUGGUCUCGAAUCUAAUGUCCUCAUCAAACCCGAUUCAGGAUUGGACGAUAAUAAUGAAAUGACGGAUAAAAAAGAAGACACCGAUAACACGCCCGAUAUAGUUAGGAGACGAUUAGGAAGCAAAAUGGCAGAGUUCAAAGAAAGUAAAUUAGCUGAUGGAAGAUGGAUGACAACCGAAACGUCAGAGACUGGAAGAGUUAAAUUUUCCGUGUACCUAACCUACUUCAAAGCUCUGAAAUACCACAUCUUUGCCCUUGUCAUGUUUCUAUACGGCCUUUAUUACGCACUUUCGGUUGCCGGGAAUUUUUGGCUAAGUCAAUGGAGCGAUGAUAAAUUUGUUAUGAUUAACGGCACUGCUUAUCAAGACAUUCCUCUUAGGAAUAAACGAUUGGGAGUUUACGCCCUGUAUGGACUUUUACAAGGCAUCGCAAUAAUGGCAAGCACUGUGGUGGUAGCCAUGUCAAUGGUAUAUGCUUCCAGGUCUCUACACCAGAAAUUACUCAGGAAUAUUCUUCAUUCACCUAUGACAUUUUUCGAUAGUACCCCUCUUGGGAGGAUAGUUAAUAGAUUUGCCAAAGAUAUGGACACUUUAGACAAUGGCCUUCCUCCUAACAUACGGUCAUGGAUCACCACUUUUUACAGCGUACUCACUACAUUAUUAGUCAUAUGCAUGAGCACCCCCAUGUUUUUGAUUGGGGUCGUGCCCAUUGCCAUCAUAUACUUCUUCAUUUUGAAAUUUUACAUCCCUACAUCUCGCCAGCUCAAGAGGUUAGAGUCCAUAUCCAGAUCUCCCAUAUAUUCCCAUUUUCAGGAAACUCUGCUUGGGGCUUCGACUAUACGAGCUUUUGGGGUGACAGAUAAAUUUUUAACUGAAUCGUACAGACUUGUUGACGAAAAUCAAAUGUGUUUUUACCCAAGUUUGGUUUCUAAUAGAUGGCUAGCAGUCCGUCUUGAGUUUAUAGGCAGUUUUAUAGUAUUUUUGGCCGCACUAACAAUAGCUUUGAAUAGAGAUAAUAUUAAGCCCGGAGAAGCUGGACUAGCCAUAAGCUACGCUCUUAGUGUAACCCAAGCCCUUAAUUGGCUAGUCAGAAUGACUUGCGAUUUGGAAACUAAUAUAGUCGCUGUGGAGAGGGUCACUGAAUACUCAUACACCCCUACAGAGGCCCCCUGGAUAAUUCCUGACCAUCGACCCCCUGCUGAUUGGCCUUCCAGAGGCUCCUUAAAAUUUUCUCAUUAUACCAUGCGAUAUCGCUCGGCCGCGCAGAUCGGUUCUCUCCCUCCCCCUGCACUGGACGAUGUGUCUUUCGAAGUACAGGGCGAAUCCAAAGUAGGAAUCGUGGGUCGCACUGGGGCCGGAAAAUCUAGCCUUACGGUAGCCCUGUUUCGUAUAAUGGAGUCCGAUGAUUCCAUAAAUUUAAAUGAAAACGAAAUUUCCGAAUCUAAUAAAACAUUCUCGAAAAUAUCUAAGAUAUACAUAGACGGAAUCGAUAUCAGUCAGCUCGGGCUACACGAUAUUCGGAGUCGUAUUACUAUCAUACCUCAGGAUCCAGUGCUUUUCUCUGGCACUCUGCGGUUUAACUUGGACCCUUUCAACGAAAAAACGGAUAUCGAAAUAUGGGAAAGUUUGAGAAACGCUCACCUACACACUUUUGUAUCCAGUUUACCUCUGGGAAUUGACCACGAGAUUGCAGAAUAUGGGGAAAAUUUGAGUUUGGGUCAACGACAGCUCGUUUGCUUGGCCCGGGCCUUGCUGAGAAAAUCUAAAAUUCUCGUUCUGGACGAAGCAACGGCAGCUGUGGACGUGGAAACGGAUGAGCUCAUUCAAAAGACUAUUGCUGAAAAGUUUUCUCUCUGCACGGUCCUGACCAUAGCUCACAGACUAAAUACCGUCAUCGAUUAUGAUAAAAUACUAGUGCUUGAUCACGGGAAAAACGUGGAGUUCGAUAUUCCUUCAAAUUUAUUGCGAAAUAAACGUAGCAGAUUUUAUGGCAUGUGUCUAGAAGCUGGUCUCACCAAUCAUAGCAUUUCCAUUAAUAAUAAAAACCAUCACAGUAAUAUUAAAGUUGAAUAACCACAAGGUGCCACCUAAAAAAAUAUCUACCAAAAAAUAUUCCCUCACUUUCCCAAAUCAUAACUUUUUUCCUCUUCGAAUUCAGUUCAAAGUUUCUUAAAAAUCCCUCUAAAUCUUAAUUUAUUUUCAUGUUCCCUUAUAUCCUUCUAAGUCAAGUUUGAAUUUUUUAACUUGUAAUUUUAUAAGUUAUAUUUUUCAUAUGAUAUAAGAAUUUGUUUUUUAAAAUUAUUAUAUUCAAUUCACACCCAUGCUCUGAUUAAAAUUUAUAUGUUUUAAAAAUUUAUUAUUCAUUGAAUAAUUGAUAUUUAAAUAAAUGUGAUUUUUUUUUCAUUUCUUUGACCUCCUUAUCAUUUUAUUUUAGAAAUUAGCAUUAAUAAUAUCAUUAUUUUUGUGUAAUAUAAACCGCAUCCAUUUUUAUAAAUAUUUCGCACAUUAACAAAACAUUAAACCCUCACCUUUUUUAAAUAACAUUUUGUACAGUGAGGCCAUCUUUCAAGACCUAUCAACCUUAGACCGAAACCGGAUUGAUUAACCAACCUCUUUGUUUUAGCCCGGACUAUUUAGGGCCACGAUCUGGAUCUUAUCCUUCAUUAAUUUUAUAUAGGUUACAAAUCUUAUCAUGUUCAAUUGGUCUAUUAUAUUUUAGAAAAAAAUGUUAUCAGUAAUUUUUAAAUAUGAAGCAAAUUUUGAUGGAAAAUUUAUUGAUCUAUUUUUAAAACUAU